UCCGCCCCUGGGUGCUCCACCACCGUCGGCCAGGGGUUAUCACAGCGUUCUAGAGUGCUGGGCGACUUUGUGACGCCGACGUGUGGCUCCACUGUUUCAACGGUAGGGCGUGGCACUAACCUUGACGCGCUCCCUCUCGUGUUGUCCUAGUGUCCCACGAACUGGCGGCGGCGGUUCAUACGCUCGCGAAGAGAACUAGGGCUGCGGGCGUGGCAACACCUAGCAGAAGCAAAUUGGCGUGGCGUGGCACCCGCCGGGCGUCGCUCCCUGCCAUGGUCCUAGGUCAUCUGAACUAUGCGGACUGCGGUUCCACCUCGCCACGGUCGCCGCCCUCGCCCACACCGCUGUUCUCUCCCCUAGGUGCCCGUAACCCCCUCCUCCGUGCCAUCGUCGAUCGGCGUAACCAUCUCCGCUGCGGGGACAAGGUACCUAGCAAGCAGGAAGCAGCCGAGCAUCUUGCUAGGACAAUGAAGUACUGGCCGCCAGCUCCCAAUCUUCCAAACAGGACUUGAAAGGCUUGUUGAUGUGAAACAUAGUUCAUUUAAAAAGGCAAGAACAAUUUUGGGGGAUGGAGAUGUUAAAAGAAGUGGUAAAAACACUCAUUCAAGCUUAUUAUUUACUUAUUUAUAUAAAGUUUAUUUCCCUUUGUGAGAUUUAGGUAAUGGACAUACCAAGGUUUGUACAACAACUUUUCAAUUUGAAACACCAAAAUCCGUUUUAAUGAGUGGCAGUUUGAUUAUGAAUGGCAUGCCAGUUACACUAGAGAAAAAUACCGCAGUGCAAGGUAUAUGCCUGAUUUCACUGUGAUUUUUUUUCUCUUUUGUGACAUCAUGUGUACCAUCUGUUCAAUUUAUUUACUGUACAAAAAUUAUCACUAUUAGUACAAUCUAGAUGUUUCUCACUUGAUAAUCUUUGUUUUCCAGCAAAAAAUGUUUUCAAUGUUGAUGACCAAUUGUCGUUGUUUCAGACUGGGUCAGUACUCUGCUAUAAAUACACUAUUUUCUACAAACGUUCCUUUACCGUAUCAACACUUUCUACAUAGAAAUAUUGUCCAACUUUUAAUCUAUUGUUAUCAGUUAUUCUCUUAAGGAAGUUAAACAUAUUCAGUUAGUUUCAUAUUCUUCCUGUGUACCUUUCAUAUUCUUCUUGGGGCGUAACCCUCUUAGCGACGCGCCAUAUCGGAACCCGGGUAUGGUGUUAAAUGAGCAAGGGCCUGGCCGUCACCCCUUAAGUGACGCGCCGUCUCUUGAUCUGGAGCCGGUGAUAAGUGAGCAAGGAUCAGGUCGUCGCAUCCUUAGUGGCGUGCUACAUCGGCGCCCGUGUGUAGUGGAAAAUGAGCAAGGGUCUUUGCAUCUUCCUCGGCGGGUGCGAAGGGUAAGGAAGCUAGUCGAGCCAACUAGGGUCCGUGUAGGUAGUUGGAACGUAGGUUCCUUAACAGGUAAGUUACGAGAAAUAGUCGACGUUGCGGUGAGGAGACGGGUAAAUAUUUUAUGCGUUCAAGAGACCAAGUGGAAAGGACAAAAGGCGAAGGAAGUGGAAGGUACAGGCUUCAAGUUGUGGUACACGAGGACUGCAACAAACAAGAAUGGAGUAGGCGUCUUGAUCGACAAGAGCCUUAAAGAUGGGGUAGUAGAUGUUAAGAGGCUAGGAGAUAGAAUCAUCCUAGUCAAACUGGUCAUUGGGGACUUGGUUCUCAAUGUUAUCAGCGCGUAUGCUCCUCAAGUAGGCCUUAAUGAGAACUCAAAGAGGGAGUUCUGGGAAGGCCUGGAGGACAUGGUUAGUAGUGUGCCAGUUGGCGAGAAGCUCUUCAUAGGAGGAGAUCUCAAUGGCCAUGUGGGUACAUCUAGCACCAGUUUCGAGGGUGUGCAUGGAGGCUUCAGCUUUGGGACUAGGAAUCAAGAAGGAGAGGAAAUCCUGAACUUUGCUCUAGCCUAUGACAUGUUUAUAGCAAACACUUUCUUUAGGAAGAGGAAAUCCCACCUGGUGACAUUCAGUAGUGGCCAAUGCACUAGCCAGAUUGAUUUCGUCCUCUUGAGAAAAGAGGACAUGCAUGCCUGCUUAGAUUGCAAGGUUAUACCUGGAGAGUGUGUGGUAACCCAACAUAAGCUUGUCGUAGCUGACUUCCGUUUUAAGAUUCGUUUACAACGGAAUAAGCAUAACAAGGUCACUAGAACAAAGUGGUGGAAGCUUAAAGGGGAUGUGGCCCAAACUUUCAAGGAGAGAGUUAUCGAGGAGGGCCCUUGGGCAGAAGAGGGAGACACAAACAUCAUGUGGAGGAAGAUGGCGACAUGCAUCCGAAAGAUAACUUCAGAAGAGUUUGGGUUGAGUCAAUGAAACAGAAGGGAAGUUAAAGACACUUGGUGGUGGAACGAAGAUGUCCAAAAGGCUAUCAAGGAGAAGAAAGAUUGCUACAAACGCUUACAUCAUGACAAGUGUGCAGACAACAUAGAGAAGUACAGGAUAGCGAAGAAGUCUGCAAAGCGAGGGGUUAG